AUGGCCAGAUUCCACACAGAUUGCAUAGAGAGACCCCUACGCAUCUGUUUUGAGAUGAUUGGUCAUUUUAUCGGGUCUCAUCCCUGGUGGUUCUUGAUUGUGCCCUUUAUUCUCUCAGCAAGUCUGGGGAGCGGAUUUUAUUUUCUCGAGGACAGAGUGUCGAACAACAUCGAAGAGCAGUUCACACCUGUCGAUGGGCAAGCCAAGAUGGAGAGGAAAUAUAUCCAAGAAACAUUUCCAGGAAAUGAUUCCAUGUUUUCACGUUUAAGACUGAGCACAGAUGGAAAUUAUGCAACGCUUAUAGUUACAAGUGAGACGAAUGUUCUAACUGUGGAGUCACUUCAGGACAUCCUGGACUUGGACUAUAAGGUUAGGAGUAUGGAAGUGCACUUUAACAACCAGACAUAUGAAUAUGUGGAUAUUUGUGCUGAGGUGAUGGGAUCCUGUGCCUCUAAUGACAUUCUAGAUAUCAUUGAAUACAACGCCAGCAAUAUAAACACUGUCAAUUUAACGUUCCCAUGGUAUUACUCUGAUUUUAGGAGCUUUUCUUUAUAUUUAAGUCUAGGGAGUGUGACAUUGUAUAAGGAGAGCUCAGUUGUUCAAAGUGCCAAAGCCAUACAGCUCUAUUACUAUUUACAUGAGGACAACAAAACAAAAACUGAUCACUGGUUGGAAUGCUUCAUUCAUUUGGUCUCAAAUGUAUCAUCAACUUCCAUUCAGGUGUCAUACUCCACUUCCAUGUCAAUGCAGUGGGAAUUUCAGAAAACUCCAGCUUCCAUCAUAUAUUUAUUCUCCAUCACGUAUGCCAUGGCCAUCGCGUUUUCCAUUAUAUCAUGUUGGAGGUUGGACAAUGUGAGGACCAAGGUGUGGGUGGCAUCCUGUGGGGUGUUCUCCACAGGUCUAGCAGUCCUCAGCGGUUUUGGUGCACUGUUGUUGCUCGAUCAACCUUUUGUGAUGACAGUCGCCUCCUGUCCUUUCAUGAUAUUAGGUGUUGGACUGGAUGAUAUGUUCAUCAUGAUCUCUUGCUGGCAGAGGACUCGUGUUCUGGACAGCGUCCCCAAGCGGCUGGCUGACACUUACAAAGAUGCUGCUGUCUCCAUCUCCAUCACCACUCUGACUGAUGCCCUGGCUCUUCUCCUGGGCUACAACUCGUCCUUUGGCUCAGUCCGGUCCUUCUGCCUGUAUGCUGGGAUUUCUAUUUGCUUCUGCUAUUUGUACAGUAUCACUUUCCUGGGUGCAUGCAUGGCUUUGAAUGGACACAGGGAAGCAGAGAAUAAGCACUGGUUCACCUGUGCCAAAAUCUCAGAAGACUUGCCGUCGAGGAACUCCAAAGCCUUCAGUAUCUGCUGUGUUGGAGGAGGUUUUGAUCGAAUCACUGAAAAAGAGGAAACUAAGCUUAUGAGUCAUAUUUUUGAGCAGUUCUAUGGCCCAUUUCUGACCCACAAACUGAUGAAAGCAUGUGUUUUUGUCAUUUAUGCAUGUUAUCUGGUUGUUAGUAUAUAUGGUUGUUUUACUUUAAAAGAGGGACUUGAUAUCAAGAAUCUGGCUUUGGAUGAUUCCUAUAUCAUCAAUUACUACAACAAUCAAAGAGAGCACUUCUCUGAAUAUAGCUGUAAUGUGAUGGUAGCAGUCAAGCAGCCCUUCCUUUACUGGGAUGAGGAUGAACAGAAACGUCUGCAUUCAUGCAUUUCAAGUUUUGAAAGUCUGAGCUUUGUCAAUAAUACCUUUGCUUGGUUUGUUUCCUUUCAACAGUACGCAAAUGCAACCAAUCUUAGCGUAAGUUCUCAAGAGGCUUUCCAAACACAUCUGCCCCAUUUCUUAGAACUCUACUCCAUUUUCGAACAAGAUAUGAACUUGACAGCAGACAAUAAGAUUCAGGCCUCUCGGUUUUUCAUUCAGACACUCAACAAAACCACAAUGAAGGAUAUGAUGACUGGACUCAGGGAAACAGCAGAGGGUUGUCUAGUAGAGCUCCUGGUGUACCACCCUGCUUUCAUCUACUUUGACCAGUACACUGUCAUCAAGGACAACACAGUUCAAACCAUUCUGCUGGCUGUGAUUGUCAUGCUAGUCGUGUCACUCAUCCUGAUCCCCAAUCCUUAUUGUUCUGUAUGGGUGGCUUUUGCAGUUUGUUCAGUCAUUGUUGGUGUGAUAGGCUUCAUGGCAUUAUGGGAUGUUAACCUGGACUCCAUUUCCAUGAUCAACCUCAUCAUGUGCAUUGGUUUUUCUGUAGAUUUUGCAACACAUAUUUCUUACUCCUUUGUAUCCAGUCACAAGAGUGACAUCAAUGAGAAAGCCAUAGAUGCCUUAGUGUGUUUAGGCUAUCCAAUACUGCAAGGAGCAUUGUCCACUAUUUUAGGAGUAGUGGUGCUGUGCAUGUCUGGGAGUUACAUAUUUAGGACGUUCUUCAAGAUUGUGUUUCUUGUGAUUGCUCUCGGGCUGCUCCACGGCUUAGUGUUUAUUCCUGUGUUUCUGACACUGUUUUGGAGCCUGUGGGAAUGUGCAUUUUGUGCAUUAAACUGAAUUUUGAAUUCAAUAUACUCUGUGUAAUAAACACACCCUAAUCAAAAAUGAAAAUGUAAUUACUGUCAA